UCAGUUUUCAACUGCAGAGGGAAGUGCUGGACUUUAUACGAAUCAUUGCAGUCUACUGACUAACACUACUUGUAUCUGACUUCAGCUUCAGAGCAGAUAUGUCUACCAUCACUAUUGUGGCACUCCUGGUUUUCCUGUCCAUCCAUGAGGGUAUCAGUCUGGGGGAUCGAGGAGUGAUUCUGCGAUGUCAAUGCAUCACCAAGGAGCAAAGGCCCAUUGGGCGUUACAUAGGACAGGUGGAGGUGAACCAUGCCAGCUCCCACUGCAACGAAAUUGAGAUUAUUGCCUCUCUUAAAAAGAAUGGGGAAAAGGUUUGUCUUGACCCUAAUGCUCCUUGGGUCAAAAAAGUGCUUGAGAAGAAAGGGGCUGGGCAAACACGUUGAAGAACACAGAUUUGGCUUGGAUGGAAAGAAGGUUUGUUUUUAGAGACACAUUUUCAUCACCACUGAAGUUCAAAGUGGAAGCAUGGAUUGGAAUGAUGGAGCACAAAGAGUUUGUUUUGCUUGAUGAGAAAGAUUUGUGUGGCAGCUGCGAUAUUCAAGAGUUUGUGUUUUGAUCGUGUACCCAACUUUUUAAUUUUCUGAGUGCCAGCGAGAAAGGAAGGCAUGAUGAGGUGACACAACAAACCUAUAUUCUGAACAAUAUGUUAAACAUCAUAUAUCUACUUACUAACUACAUAAUAACUAAAAGAGGUGUUUCUGUAGGCAAUUAAAAUACUUGUAUUUCAAAGGUACAGCACAGUAAAAUAAUCAAAGUCAUGUGUACACCUAUUUCUUCAAAAAUAUAAAUACACAUUUUCAUCUAAAAUGAUUGUGAAUAAAUUGUGACAUAACAUA